AUGGCCUCCUCUGGUCUGCAGCCGCUGCAACAGCAGCAGCAGCCGAACCAACAAUUGCAAUCGGGCAGCAAACACCCGUCCAGCAUGCAUCGUCUCCCUGUUUCUAGCCUUAUGUCUCCUCCAGAGACCAAACCCCUGGAAAGCUUUCAACCCUCACCUCUUCCCAGGCGCGAUCCCUCCUCUAUGGGUGAUAUGAAACUUCCCCCCAUCUCCGCUGAUCGCAAGCGUACCCAGUCCGAGAUGGAUCUCCCGUCGCCACCAGUAACUCCCUACACGGGCGCCAACAAGAAGCGACGCUCGCAUACUGCUGACCAGAUCGAGGGUGACGCGGAGGCCGCUGCGCGCGACCCCGUGCUUUUCCCUCGCCAUGAUUCUCUCACCCGGGAGGAGCCUCCCCUCUUCGGUCCCAUUCCACCCCCGGCCGCCGAGGCCUUGGUGGAGCAGCACAUCAAUUCCCACAUGGCUCGGUUUGAGAACAAGCGGAACAGACCCUCGCGCGAGGAAUACCUACUGGCGCUGUCCUGUGUUCCCACCGUCGCAACCCAGUAUAACCGCAAUCCGGCUGCCUGGGCCCGCGAGGAAUGGGACACUCUGCAGCGUCAGCUGGUUUUGAUGAAUCGCCACCGACCGGGGGAUGCGGAGGCUAAGCUCAAGAAGAUUGCCCCGGCCCCCGUGAAGAAGAUGGGGGGAUUGCCUCCGCGCGUUCAACGGACUCGAGUCAAGCGCACCCCUAAAUCAACCCCCAAGCAACAGGCUCUGGACUCCUUUGACUCCCCUCCGUCGGUCUCGAAGCCCCGUGCCCUGGGAACAAACCGGGAUGACACGGAUUUCAUGGCCCUCCCAGACUUCUCCCCUCCUCUGGACACAAUUGGUAGCAAUGCCAAGGCCCUGAAGGCUGACUGGAAAGGUCAGAUGUUGGAUUUGAGCAAUGACCCGGACCGACAUUUGCUCAGUCCUGCCGAGCUCAACCUAGCCUCCACGCUGCGACUCUCCUGUGCCACCUACCUUUGCAGCAAACGCCGAAUCUUCGAGGCGCGGGUGCGGGCUCUCGGUGUAGGCAAGGAGUUCCGGAAGACCGAUGCUCAGCAGGCCUGCAAGAUCGAUGUCAACAAGGCCAGCAAACUCUGGACCGCCUAUGACCGAGUGGAUUGGUUCAAGCCAGAACAUUUUACUCACUUCCUGUAA